CUUCUUUAUCUUUUAUCUUUUUUCUCUCGUUGUGCUUCUGCACUGUUGUCGUUGAACUGCAAAUUAUGAAAUCAGAAACCCUAGAACCUUUUACGAGUCCUACGCCCGAUUGAAACUUCGCCUCCUCCCAAAACGCCGUCGUUGCGAGCCAUUAAUCCUCCUCCUCGAACUGAAAGAUUCGACCUUUUGAAAUCUUGAAAUUCAGGGGACGAAGAUGUCGUCUUUGAGCAGAGAACUGGUGUUCCUGAUCCUUCAAUUUCUCGAGGAAGAGAAAUUCAAGGAGACCGUGCACAGGCUGGAGCAAGAGUCGGGCUACUUCUUCAACAUGAAGUACUUUGAAGAAAAAGCUUUGGCGGGAGAGUGGGACGAGGUCGAGAAGUAUCUCUCCGGCUUCACCAAAGUCGAUGAGAAUCGUUACUCUAUGAAGAUUUACUUCGAGGUCAGAAAGCAGAAGUAUCUGGAAGCCCUCGACAGGAAUGACAGAGCUAAGGCCGUCGAGAUACUGGUGAAGGAUUUGAAAGUAUUUUCGACGUUUAACGAAGAAUUGUACAAAGAAAUCACUCAUCUUUUGACUCUUGAUAACUUCAGAGAAAAUGAACAAUUAUCAAAAUAUGGUGAUACUAAAUCAGCUAGAAGCAUAAUGCUAGUAGAACUUAAAAAGUUGAUUGAAGCAAAUCCUUUGUUUCGAGAGAAGCUUGUUCUACCCACCCUGAAGGCUUCACGCUUGCGAACUCUAAUUAAUCAAAGUUUAAAUUGGCAGCACCAGCUGUGCAAGAACCCAAGGCCAAAUCCUGACAUUAAGACCUUAUUCAUGGACCAUUCAUGUUCUCCUCCAAAUGGGGCUCGUGCAUCCACACCAGUUACUCUUCCGGUUGCAGCUCUUGCAAAGCCUUCAACUUAUGCUCCUCUAGGAGCACAUGGUGGACCUUUUCCGCCUGCAGCUGCAGCUGCUGCUGCUAAUGCGAAUGCUUUAGCCGGAUGGAUGUCAAAUGCUAAUCCUUCCUUGUCUGUGCAAUCACCUGUUGUUGCUGCUGCUUCACCCUUCCCUGUUCAACCCAGUCAAGUUUCUGGUUUAAAGCAUCCAAGACCACCAUCAAAUGCUCUUGGAAUGAUUGAUUAUCAGAGCUCUGAUCAUGAGCAACUAAUGAAACGUCUCCGGUCUGCACAAUCUGUUGACGAGGUCAGUUAUCCUCCCCAUCCACAACAUGCUUCCUGGUCACCAGAUGACCUUCCAAGAAAUUUAGCAUGUACUCUUCGUCAGGGGUUCAAUGUGAUAAGCAUGGAUUUCCACCCGUCUCAUCACACAUUACUUGCUGUUGGCUGUAGUAAUGGAGAAAUUACACUAUGGGAAGCUGGGAUGCGAGAGAGGCUGGUGUCAAAGCCAUUCAAAGUAUGGGAUAUGUCUACUUGUUCUGUGCCAUUUCAGGCUGCUAUUGUCAAAGAUUCAUCAAUGUCUGUAAGCCGUGUAGCAUGGAGUCCAGAUGGAAACUUUAUUGGUAUUGCAUUUACAAAAUAUUUGGUUCAUUUGUAUGCGUAUCAAGGACCUACUGAUCUACGCCAACAUUUGGAGAUUGAUGCCCACAUUGGUAAUGUGAAUGACUUAGCAUUCUCUCAUCCAAACAAGCAAUUAUGUGUUAUAACUUGUGGAGAUGAUAAGCUGAUAAAGGUUUGGGAUUUGUCUGGAAGAAUGCUUUUCAACUUUGAAGGUCAUGAAGCGCCUGUUUACUCGAUUUGCCCCCACCAGAAGGAGAAUAUUCAGUUUAUAUUUUCAACUGCUGUUGAUGGGAAAAUAAAAGCUUGGCUCUAUGACAAUGUGGGCUCCAGGGUUGAUUAUGAUGCUCCUGGGCAGUGGUGCACAACAAUGCUAUACAGUGAUGAUGGAAAUAGAUUAUUCUCUUGUGGGACUAGUAAAGAUGGUGACUCCUUCCUGGUUGAAUGGAAUGAAAGUGAAGGGGCAAUAAAGAGGACAUAUAGUGGGUUCAGAAAGAAAUCUUCUGGCAUAGUUCAAUUUGAUACCACAAGAAAUCACUUUUUGGCUGUCGGUGAAGAGAACCAGAUAAAGUUUUGGGAUAUGGACAAUACAAAUCUUCUUACAAGUACAGAUGCUGAGGGUGGGCUUCUGACUCUUCCCCGCUUGAGAUUCAAUAAGGAAGGAACUUUGCUUGCCGUUACCACGGCUGACAAUGGAGUCAAGAUUCUUGCCAAUGCUGAGGGUCUCAGAUCCCUAAGAGCAAUUGAAACUCGCUCUUAUGAAGCAUCCAGAGCUCCUAUUGAGAUGAAGGUAUCUGGUUCUUCCAUGGUUCCAAACAUCAACCCGACUGUUAAUAAAGUGGAGCGUAUGGAUACAAGCUCUCCAGCUCGACCUACUCAUAUUCUUAAUGGAAAUGAUUCUAUGGCAAGAAGCAUGGAAAAGCGAAGAAGUUUAGAUGAUGUAUCUGAAAAAAAUAAACGUUGGGAACUGGCAGAGAUUGUUGAUCCUGUAAAGUGUCGAGUGGUUACUUUACCAGAGAGUAAAGAUCCUGCUAACAAGGUUGCUCGACUUCUUUACACAAAUUCUGGUUCCGGCAUUCUGGCUCUUGGUUCAAAUGGGGUGCAGAAGCUGUGGAAGUGGAGCCGCAAUGAACAAAAUCCAAGUGGGAAGGCCACUGCAAGUGUUGUUCCCCAACAUUGGCAACCCAAUAGUGGUCUUUUAAUGACUAAUGAUGUACCAGAAAAUUUUGAAGAAGCAGUUCCAUGCAUUGCACUCUCAAAGAAUGAUUCCUAUGUGAUGUCUGCCUGUGGGGGGAAAGUGUCUCUGUUCAAUAUGAUGACUUUUAAGGUAAUGACAACUUUCAUGCCACCUCCACCAGUCUCAACCUUCCUGUCAUUUCAUCCUCUGGAUAAUAACAUCAUAGCAAUAGGAAUGGAAGAUUCAACUAUCCACAUUUACAAUGUUAGAGUUGAUGAGGUCAAAACAAAACUGAAAGGUCACCAGAAGCACAUUACUGGUUUAGCAUUUUCUGUCAACCUUAAAAUCAUGGUUUCAUCAGGUGCCGAUGCUCAACUAUUCUUUUGGAACAUGGAUGCAUGGGAUAAGAGGAAAUCGGUUACACUUCAACUGCCCUCUGGAAAGGCGCCUCUUGGUGACACGCAAGUACAGUUCUAUUCUGAUCAAGUCCGGUUAUUGGUAUAUCAUGAGACUCAACUAGCAUUAUAUGAUGCUGCCAAAGCAGAAUGCAUUCGGCAGUGGAUGCCACAAGAUGUACUGCCUGCACCCAUAUCUUGUGCAGCAUAUUCCGCCAGUAGUCAACUAGUUUAUGCAGCUUUCACUGAUGGUAAUAUUGGAGUAUUUGAUGCUGAUAGUCUGAAACUAAGAUGCCGUAUUGCCAUGUCGGUGUACUUAUCACAAGCAUCAUCAAACAGCCAAACCGUGUACCCGCUAGCUCUUACAUCACAUCUGCAUGAGCCAUAUCAAUUUGCUGUUGGACUGACAGAUGGAUCUGUUAAAGUUAUAGAGCCCUCUGAAGCUGAGGGGAAGUGGGGAGUUUUGGUGCCUGUUGAUAAUGGAACACAGAACGGCUGGACAGCAACAUCUUCGACUAACAAUCCUCCUUAGUAGCUCCAACUAGCAAUUCUAUUUCCGUUUCCUAGAGUUGAUUUGUAUUGUAUUCAUGUACUAUAGCAGACUAGUAGGUUGGUGGUCCAUUUGUACUCACCAAAUGUGUGAGCAUAUAGAGAUCUAAUGGUUAUAGCAAAAAUUUAUGUAUAGUCAUAUGUUUAAA